AUGGACGCCGUGAAGACAGCAUAUCAAACAGCGGAAAAGGUGAUUUUUGGGGAAACACAGGCUCGCAGCUCCGAUGAAGAGCCUGUUUCAGGCGUCCAAGGCGAAGGCACAGCUUCGGACCCAUAUGAUACCGGCAACCUCCAUGGACAAGAGUCGAUUUCUGGAAAACAAAGUCGCGGGACAGCUUCAGGCGUGUAUGAUGAGGGAAACGUACCACAAAUGAAUACGGAGGGCAUGCCCCAAAGCCAGGGCGUUUCAAGCCUAGGCAACGCAGCGCCUGGUGUCGACCAGGGAUCAUUAGGCCAACCUGUAAUGACUGCACCCCAGCUUGAAGAAACGCACCACAACCAAUCCCGCACUCAAAACAUCCUGGAGAAUGAAUCAAAUCGCCCACAUGCGGGUGGCCAGUCAAGCAGCAAAGAAUCGAGCAAGUCUGCCUCGGGUUUAGAGCCGGAAUCACUUUCCAAGGACAAACCCAAUAUGCACUCAAAGACAGGUCUACCCGCCAAUGCACCACAAGAACAGACGAGACCGAAGGCCGUAGAUGAGCCUGAAAAUACUCAACGCGUAGGAGAAGAAAAAAUAAUCCGCACCACUGGCUUCGCCGCGGAAGGAGGGAAUUUUGAUGCUUCAGAGCCUGGAGCUGGAAAGGAAGCAGAGCGCCUUCUCGAAGAGCAGCAGAAAAGAGAUCCAAACUGGAAUGCCAUGAAAUCUGAGCAGCAAAAAGAGCGAGUCGAGGACCACCACGGUGGACUCUGGACGGGGAGCCAUAAGUCUGGGAUAUCUUUGACUAAAGCAAAGGAAAAGUUGCAUCUUGCUAAGCACAAGUAG